AUGGGAGGUGCAAGGGACGUGGGUGGUGCAAGGGACGUGGGUGGUGCAGGGGACGUGGUUGGUGCAAGGGACGUGGGUGGUGUAGGGGACGUGGGUGGUGUAGGGGACGAGGGAGGUGCAAGGGACGUGGGAGGUGCAGGAGACGUGGGAUGUGCAGGGGACGUGAGAGGUGCAGGGAACGUGCGAGGUGCAUGGGACGUGGGAGGUGCAAGGGACGUUGUUGGAGCAAGGGACGUGGGAGACGCAAUAAGGGACGUGAGAGGGGCAGGGGACGUCGUAGGUGCAAGGGACGUGGGAGAUGCAGGAGACGUGGGAGUUACAGUUGACGUGCGAAAUACAGGGGGCGUGGGUGGUGCAGGGGACGUGGAUGGUGCAAGGGACGACGUGGAUGGUGCAAGGGACGUGGGAGGUGCAGGGGACGUGGGUGGUGCAAGGGACGUGGGAGGUGCAAGGGACGUGGGAGGUGCAAGGGACGUGGGUGGUGCAAUGGACGUGGGACGUGCAAGGGACGUGGGAGAUGCAGGGGACGUGGGUGGUGCAAGGGACAUGGGAGGUUCAGGGUCCGUAGGAUGUUUUAGGGACGUGGAUGACAUAGGGGACGUGGAAGGUGCAAGGAACGUGGGAGGUGCAGGGGAUAUGAGAGGUGCAGGGGACGUACGAGGUGCAGGGGACGUGAGAGGUGCAAGGGACUUGGGAGGUGCAGGGGACGUGGGAGGUGCAAGGGCCGUGGGAGGUACAAGGGACGUGGGAGGUGCAGGAGACAUGAGAGGUGCUGGGGACGUGCGAAAUACAAGGGACGUGGGUGGUGCAAGGGACGUGGGUGGAGCAGGGGACGGAACGUGGGAGGUGCAGGGGACGUGGGAGGUGCAGGGGACGUGGGAGGUGCAGGGAGACGUGGGAGGUGCAGGGGACGUGGGAGGUGCAGGGGACGUGGGAGGUGAAAAUGACGUGGGAGGUGCAGGGGACGUGGUAGGUGCAAGGGACGUGGGAGGUGCAGAGGACGUGGUAGGUGUAGGGGACGUGGGAGGUGCAGGGGACGUGGGAGGUGCAGGGGACGUGGGAGGUGCACAGGACGUGGGAGGUGCAGGGGACGUGGGAGGUGCAGGGGACGUGGGAGGUGCAGGGGACGUGGGAGGUGCAGGGGACGUGGGAGGUGCAGAGGACGUGGUAGGUGCAGGGGACGUGGGAGGUGCAAGGGACGUGGGAGGUGCAGGGGACGUGGGAGGUGCAGGGGACGUGGGAGGUGCAGGGGACGUGGGAGGUGCAGGGGACGUGGGAGGUGCAGGGGACUUGGGAGGUGCAGGGGACUUGGGAGGUUUUGUUGCAAAUCCGUUAAAAACCUCUUCUAGUAGUAGUGUUGGCACCUCGAGGCUUGUACACGUAAAUGAAGGCAAUAUUGAAGAUCAAACUGAUAAUAGGAGUAAGGAGAGAAAAAGUGAGAAGGACGAGAACACAAAUGAGAAAGACGAAAACAACAAGCAGAAAGAUAAGGGCAAUACCGAGAAAGAAUGUGGAAACGAGGAAGUUGGAACAAAAGACACAGAGGUAGCCAAGUCGUGCACGGGUACAAACAAUAAGAAUACAAGCACAGGUGAAAAUAUUUGCAGAUACAAAGGUGGAAGAAUUCAUAGAGCAAGUGCACAAAAUAGAGAACAUCCUAGAUAA